UUUUGUCCUUUUUAUUAUUUUUCCUUGGUUGUUUCAUUUACCAUACAUGGAGCUCACAAUCUCCCAGUACACUUCCCUUAAAGUACCACCUUUUAUAUCUAGCCGUUUUAAGGCCUCCUCUUAUGUGAAUAGGUUGAAUAUUCCAAUUAAACCUACAACAAAAUUAGAUACCAAAUCAUCCAACUUUCCUUCAAAAUUAUGCUCCACCAAUAAAUUGAACCAGCCGAUAGGGCUCUAUGGGGAGAGCAGGUUCUCAAAGCCCUUAUUAUUUGGCCAACAUAAUCGUAAUUAUAGUCGGGCAUGCACUCAACUUGAAUUUGAAGGUUCAGACCCGGUCCUUCACAAAGAUCAACCUGAAUCAGUAGCUCCCAAUUUGGUCGCCAAAGUCUCACAUUUUGGAUCUGUUUUCUAUAAAUUCGCAAGGCCUUAUACAACGAUUCAAGUAUCAAUAUCAUCCAUAUGUAUAUUUGCAAGAGUAAUGGUUGAGAACAAACACUUGUUCCAAUGGUCUAUGUUGCUUAAGGCAUUUCCGGGCCUAAUAUCUAUAAUUCUUGCAAACGUUUAUAUUACUGGCAUUAAUCAGAUUUUUGAUGCCGAUAUUGAUAGGAUGAACAAACCUUAUUUAGCAAUACCAGCAGGGGAUCUUUCACUAAAACAAGCGUGGAUCUUAACGAUAUUUUCUGCAAUUGGGGGCCAGUUGAUUUUAUGGUUAAUGAACGCCAACCUGAUCACCACUUGUUCCUUUUCUCUUACUCUCCUAUUGGUUACUAUGUAUUCUGCCCCUCCAUUUUGGUUCAAAGGAUCUUCUGUUGCAACACUUAUUUCGGUUCCUUUGAUGAGUACAAUUCACCAUGCCGGUGUACUCUACGCCGCCACAACUUCCCUUGGACUUCCAUUCCAGUGGAGCCCCCCAAACGUUUUCAUUAUCACCUUUGUUGAGUUGUUUUACUUGGUAGCUUGCCUCACAAAAGAUAUCACAGACAUAGAAGGUGACAUGAGAUGA